AUCCAGACACGGAGACAAAAGAAAAGUAUGAUAAACUGUUUUCUGUCUUUUUAACUCAACAGUCACUGAGUUCUACAGUUGAAUGACAGAAUGGCUGCAGCAUUUGUCCCUCAACACACUUUUUCCAGAAGUCGCAGGAGCAGUUAUGGACUUCUGCCACCCAACAUGUCAGAGCUCAGGGUUGUUCUGCUGGGGAACAGUUUGUUUGAGAGGAGUUCAGUGGGGAACUUCCUGCUGAGAGAGAUCAAGUUCAACCCAGAGGAAGAAUUGGACCAUUGUGUCAGAGUAAGGGGGCGAAUUCAAGAGAGAGAAAUAGUUCUCAUCAAUUCACCUGAUCUGCUUCAUCCCAACAUCUCUGAAGACAAAAUAAAGGAACAUGUAGAAACCUGUGUGAGGCUCUCUGCUCCUGGACCUCAUGUGUUCCUGUUGGUUCUAUGGCCUGAAAAUUUCACUGAGCAUCAAAAAAUAAGACUCUGCAGAGUCCUUCAGCUCUUCAGUGAGCAAUCAUUUGAUCAUUCACUGCUUCUGAUAUCACCACCCAGAGUGAGCCAUCCAGGUUUAGGGGACACUUUUAUGUAUUAUGCACCCAUACAGGAAAUAAUCAGAAGAUGUAAAAACAUGUCACUGAAGCUUAAUGACCUCAAACUUCAGGAGUUAAUAGAAAACAUAAAAUGCAUUGUAAAAAGGAACAAUGGAAACCAUGUGAUCUGUCAUCACACCAGCACUGAACAAAGGAAAGAAGCUUCUAGGCUGAGACCAGCUUUGAACCUGGUUCUGUGUGGGAGGAGAGGAGCAGGGAAGACGUCAGCAGCAAAGGCCAUUUUAGGCCAGACAGCGCUUCAUUCAGUCUGCAACUCAUCAGAGUGUGUUAAACAUCAGGGAGAGGUGUGUGGACGUCAGGUUUCCCUGGUGGAGCUUCCUGCCUUGUAUGGAAAACCUCAGGAGGCAGUGAUGGAGGAAUCACUCAGGUGUCUCUCCCUCUGUGGUCCUGAGGGUGUCCAUGCCUUCAUCCUGGUCAUACCUGUGGCUCCCCUCACUGAUGAGGACAAGGGAGAGUUAGAGACCAUCCAAAACACAUUCAGCUCUCAGGUCAAUGACUUCACCAUGAUUCUGUUCACUGUGGAGUCAGAUCCUACAGAUCCAGCUGUUGUUAAGUUUGUAAGAGAGGACAAAGACAUCCAGAAGCUCUGUCUGGUUUGUAGAGGAAGAUAUGUUCUUCUCAACAUCAAGCAAAAGCAAAGCAUUGUGGAGCUGCUGGAUAAAGUGGAAAAGAUGAAAAAUGAAGGAUCCAAAUGCUUCACAAAGGACAUGUUCACCAAAGCUCAAAUGGAGAAGGUAACAAUACUUAAAGCUGAACUGCAGGAAGUUAAACGCAGGAGUGAGACUGGAGCUGAUGAUGGAAAUCAAACUGAACAGUCCAUCAGGAUGGUGCUGCUUGGGAAAACUGGCAGUGGAAAAAGUGCAACUGCAAACACCAUUUUGGGUAAAAAAGAGUUUUUAUCCAGAGUCAGUCAGAAAUCUGUGACCAGAAAAUGUCAGAAAGCAGCAGGAGAGAUUGAUGGAUGUCCUGUUGUUCUCAUUGACACCCCCGGAUUGUUUGACACGACUCUGUCUGAUUCUGAAGUUCGACGGGAGCUUCUGCAGUGUAUCAGCAUGUUGUCUCCUGGACCUCAUGUGCUCCUACUGGUGCUGCCGAUUGGCCGCUUUACAGAGGAGGAAAAAGAAGCUGUGAAAAAGAUCAAAGAGAUUUUUGGCAAGAAGUCAGGAAACUUCAUCAUUGUUACCUUCACAAGAGGAGAUGAGCUUGAAGACAGAUCCAUCGAAAGUUAUAUAAAGGAAGACUGUGCUGAGUUUGUACAAAGUCUGAUUAAAGAAUGUGGAGGCAGAUAUCACGUCUUCAACAACAAAGAUCAGAAAAACCGCACACAAGUCAGAGAGCUGCUGAAAAAAGUUGAAGCCAUGUUGCAUGAGAGUGGUGGUAGCUACUACACUACUGAGAUGUUCCAAGAGGCUGAGGCAGCGAUACAGAAGGAGAUGGAGAGGCUGCUGAAAGAGAAAGAUGAAGCCAUUAAGAGGGAGAGGGAGAAGCUCAAAGAAGAAAUGCAAAUAAAAACAAGAGAAAUGGAAGAACAGAUCUCCAAAAUUGAAUCUGAGAAAGAGCAGAGUAUGAACCAGCUCAAGCAGAUGGAGGACUACAUUUACCAGGAGCGAGAGAAGAGAGAGAGAGAAGAGAAAAUCAGAGAAGAAGAAGACAGAAAGAAGAGAGGACAGGAAGAAAUUCAACAACAACUGUGGAAACAGAAACUUGAAACUUUGGAGAAACAAAUAAAAUCUGAAUCAAAGGAAGAGCUCAUCAGAGAGCUUGAACUCACCAGAGAAGAAAUGAGAAAAGAGAGAGAGGCCUGGGAGGUGGAGAGGAAAGAAUGGUGGGAUAAAAGGUACCAAGAAAACACAUAUAGACGAGAAUCAGAGGAUAUGAAAAUUAAAAAGCUCAAAGAAAAAUAUGAAAAGGAAAGAGAUGCAUAUAACAGAAAAAUAAAAGAUGAUUGUGUCAGGAUAGAACAGGAGGAAAGAAAGAGACGAGAAUUAGAGGAUGACUACAAGAAAAAAAUGAAGGACGUGAAGCAGAAAUAUGAAGAUGAUGCCAGAAAUCAAGCUGAAGAGCUCAAUGAAUUCAAAGACAAAUACACCAGGGACUUUGAAUCCCUGCUAGAGAAGUACAAUGAUGAGAUAAGGGAUCUGAAGGAAACAUAUAGGAUAUUAAUGCAAGAGAAAGAGCAACACAAACAUGAGUAUUCACUUUUGCACAAAGUCUCCAGUGACAAAGAAGAAAGUCUUAAGAAAGAAUUGGAGGAAAUGAAGAAGAAACAUGAUGAAGAAAUUAACAAAUUUAAACAGAAAAAUAAAUGUAUCAUCGCCUGAUCAUCACACAGCAGCUCCAGUAUCUCAGGACUAACAGGGACUGAAGAGAAGACAUUUGACCUUUAGCACACCCUUUAUCGAGUCAAUGUUUCAACCUAUAGA